AUGACUUCUCCAGACCCCAUUCUUACAACACUAGGGCUAUUCAUCAUAGACGAUAACAUAUAUCCUGAGUCAUGGAAGCGAGAGACGGAAUAUAAUAUCAUUGGUGGAGGCGCUCUGUAUGCUAUUGUGGGUGGAAGAAUUGCCAGUGGUCCUUCGUUAGGGAAGAGGAUCACUGGUAUCAUCGAUAAGGGAACCGACUUUCCGCAAGAAGUGGAGUAUGAAAUCAACAGCUGGGGAGCAGGUCCUAUAUUUCGUGAGAACCCUGAUCGUUUGACCACGAGGGGAGCCAAUGUCUACCAGGAGAAUGGCUUCCGUUCGUUUGCCUAUAGGAGUCCUAAGAAGCGAAUCGAGGACUAUGAUAUAGUCAACACCGAGAACCUCAUCAGACUGAAGGCAUUUCACACUUGUUGUGCAAUUGACCGUUGUGGUACGAUUAUUGAUUGUUUUGCUGAGCAGUUGAAGGGUACGGAUGGGGAGCUUCCUAUACAUAUCUUCGAGCCCUUCCCAGAUAUUUGCAUUCCACAGAACUAUGAACCAUUGAAACAGUUGUUGCCGAAGUUGCAUAUUUUUAGUCCGAACUUGGAAGAGGCAGCUGGGUUCCUCGGCCUAGAUAUCCCUAGCACAGAAAACGGCAUUGCCAAGUUGGCGGAACAGUUUAUUCAAUAUUCGCCAAAAGAUGGCGGUGUUGUGAUUAGAUGUGGUGCAAAGGGAUGCUAUAUCAAAACGCAUUCAGCCGGGUUCAUGCUCGAGGCUUAUCAUGACGACCAAUCGAAGGUGGUGGAUGUAACUGGCGGUGGAAAUACAUUCUGUGGGGCCUUCGCAACUGCAUUUUAUUUAUCGAAGCAAGAUUGGCUAGUAGCCGGGAUAUUUGGUAAUGUUGCCAGUGGAUGUAUUGUUGAGAAGCUUGGGAUGCCUGCAAGGGAACCAGAUACCGAGAUUUGGAACGGUACUUCCAUUAAAGAUCGCCUUCACCACUACACUGAUAAACAUUCACUAAAGCUAGAUUUAGAAAGGAUAGACUGGAUAUAG